AUGCCCUGCUUCUCCGCCUCCAAUGUGCGGUUCGUCAGCGCCGAGUCGCAAAUGCAGCAGAAGUGCCAGGAGCUAAGGGCUCGGGCUCGGGCACAGACUGCUGCCUACCGCCCACCGGCCGGAGGCUUCCGGCCCUUCACCUCCACUUCCACCCCAAUGGGGAUGGGCUACGUCUCCUUCAGGACACCGGCCUGCGACCAGUCGGCGGCCUACGACCAGAAACAGCUCAAACGCAACGAGCGGGAGCGAAAGCGCAACCAGGGAACCAAGCAUGCGGUGCUCCGCGCCGGUGAGCUGCGGCGCCUGAAGGAGCAGGGCAAGAUAGCGACCGUGAGCGAGAAGCUGCAGGAAAUCGAGCGGCAAGAGGAAGAGCACCGCAAGCAGUUACAGAUGGUGGAGGAGACGCGGAGGCACUUUAGGGCCAUUGACGAGUCGAGAGGAAACGGCGAGGAAGUUGGGGAGGGCAAGACCAGCUUGCUCAAGGAGAUUCUGGAGGAGAAGGACUCGGUUUUGAGCCGCGCCUUCUUGGCUCGCCAGGAGCAGGAGGAGGAGGUAAAGCAGAUCAAUCGCAUGAUUCUCGAUGCCAAGUGCAAGGCGGUGCGGGAGGCGCAGAUCCAGGAGAAGCACCUCCUGUCCAAGGCUCUGCGCGAGGACGAUGAACGGCUGGCGCGCAUGGUAAACGAGCGGGCGCAGAAAGCUCUGUCCGCCGAGGACGAGCGCGAGCGCCAAGAGGUCGAGAAGCGGAACCGGUACGCCCAGGAGAUACGACAGCAGCUGAGCGAGCGGGAAAACCUGCGCUACCUGGAGGCUAAGCGGGUGGCCGACGAGGCCAAGGACAUUCGCCAGGCUACUGAGCUGCUGCGCGAGCAGGAGGAGCAGCAGCGCUCCUUCGCACAAAUGCGCAAGCAGCGCUUCCGCGAGGAGCUGCAGCGCAUCAGGGACAUGUCCAACGUAUUCAAGACCAUGCUGAGCGAGCAGGAGCGGCUGGCUGACCUGCGGGUGAUGGCCUACAUGCGCGAGAAGCAGGAGAAGGAGCGCCAGUUAAAGGAGCUGCAGCGUCUGGCCAAGAAGGAAUUUGAGCGCCGUCAGCAACGCAUCUUUACGGUGGCCGCAGAGGCCAUUGAGACCCGCCAGACUAACGAGGAGCUCAAGUAUCUGAAGGAACGUGACCGCGUCGAGCGCGAGUACCGCCAGCGGGAAAAGGAGGCGGUCAUCGCGCGGCAGGAGACAGAGCGGGACCUUCUCGAGUCGCGUGCCCAGCAGGCCAAGGAGAUGAAGCACCGCCUGGCCCUGGAGAUCGCCCACGCCGGCGAGGAGUUCGCCAAGGUCAUGGACCGCAUGCGAGAGGAGGAGGACAAGCAGAAGGCGCUGGAUCGGCAACGCGACGCCCAGCGACAGCUGUACCGCAAGGACUUGAGGCAGCAGAUGACCGACAAGCAGGCGGAGCGCCGCCGCUUGGCCGACCAGGAGGCCGGGCGUGUCCAGAAGUGGCUCGACCAGGAGAAGCAGCGCGAUGCGAACAUCCAACAGGUGAUCAGCGCCAAGAUCGCUGCCAUGCGGGAGAACUGCCUGCCCGAGAAGUACCUGCGGGAGGUGGAGAAGCAGCUGAAGAGCAUACAGGGCACCCGCAACCGAAUUCGCUAG